UAUGUCUUGCUUAUCGAUGCUCUCCGCUCAUCUCUCCUUCUUCUCUCGCCUUAACUUCUGCAGUAUGUCUACUCAAACUAGAGAUGUAUGUUCAUAGUCCCAUGUGGUCUAGUGGUUAGGAUUCGUGGUUUUCACCCACGCGGCCCGGGUUCGAUUCCCGGCAUGGGAAGUUUCUUUUUGCAUAGUUUUUACUCAAAUAAUUUUAUAUUUGUUUGUCGAAGCUGAUAAAUAUUUAUCCGACAUUGCCUUAUUGAAUGUUGUUUUUCUUGCUCUAGGCGGAAAUUACAAUUCCGAAAAGAGAGCACAUAUUUAUAAAAAAUUGUAAACAGCUAAGUUUCUUGCAGCCACUUCUAACUGUGAAAAUGUCCGUCGAAUUCAAUAUUUAAUACUCAACAGAGUUUAUUUUGCACUAAAUGAUUUUUUGAUUUCCAAAGUUUUAUUUUAUCUUCAUGUUUCCUGUCUAUGAUCUCUGACUCAUGACUAAUAGAGAUCACAUUUUUCUGUUUCUCUUGAUCUCAACAAUUCACCGAGAUGAUAAAUUGCUCAAAAUGUUGUAACAUUUGUUGUUUUCAAUUAAGUUCAAAAAAAUAGAGGGAUAAAUGUUUAGUUGUGUUCUGAACUGGUACACAUGAGUGCUCAAAGUCUUUCUGGUAUUGAAACCACUUUUGGAUUAAACUUACUAAAUUCAGUAGGGUGUCAGGAGUCAUACGUGUUCUCUCCUAUUUCCUGGCUAUUUGUUUUUGCUCUUUUGGGCAAUGAAAAAUUUAAUUCAACAGUUUUUGAUAAGUAUUCCGACUUGGGGUUUCUGGACUCUGAGGUUAGAAGCUACUUGAAAAAUGAUUUAACUGACAUUUCUGUCAGAGCUGAUAGCGGCAUAAACGAUGUUAGAAGAAAUUCUCCAAAUCAGACUAGAAUUUUAUUUAAUGCUGGAUGGGAAGAGAAGCUGCAUGAAAAGCGCUCAUGGCUUUUUUAUCCUUCAAAGUACAACAGCAAAGUGAUUACAUACUUGAUAAAAGAGAAACAUGUUCUGCUCAAUGUUGACGACGCUUUUCAAAUGAUAUCAAUCAUGUAUGAAAACAAAAGUUUGCAAUUUGUGGUCCUAGUUCCUUCAAAACCAUGCGGGUUGAAAAAAGCCUUAAAGAAGCUCACGAAACAACGUUUUGAAAAACUUUUCCAAGAGUCAACGGUUCAAUUAGUGCAGAUCAUGAUACCUAAACUUGAUGUUCUCCAACUUCUCAUCAACUCCAAAGUUCUCGGAUUGCAGCCGCCGAUUAAAACAAGUUUAAAAUACAAGGAGUCACCGAGAAUUUCAAAAAUGUUGUAUCGUCCUGAAAACCGUUUACCUUACCAUUUUCGUGCAGAUCAUCCUUUUGUAUUUGCCGUACUGAGAAAUGGUCAUCCAGUUUAUUUUGGUGUAUUCUCAUGAAUUUGACUUUCAAAUCAUUGUCUUCCAUUGUACAUUGAAUACCGUUCCUUGUUUCAGAACAGUUUUAUUUUUGCUACGAACCAAAUUUUUUAGAAGGCCCCACUCUUUUUGAACAAAAAACAACAAUGGAAAAACUAUUUCUGAAAAGCUCAUAGUCCCUCGAUAUUCUUUUAGCCUUUCAAAUAAAAUUAUGUGAAAAUUUAUUACACGCACAAUAAUUGAUUUUUUUUUUGGAUAAUUGAAUUUUUUCCUCAAAAUAAAAGUUUUCCAGAGUGUUCUUAUCAAAUCUGGAAACAAAAACGCCAACUUAUUCAAUCAACCAACGUUUGAAGAAGAUAAUUUUUCAUUUGUUUUGAUAUUUUCAUUAUUACAAUUACUGUUUGUUUUGAAGUUCUAAUGGCUUUGUAACAAUGAUAUAAUACUUUUCUAACAGUUCUUAUUGUUAUAAAGAAAAAAAAAGAAAA